GCUCAACGAAUCACAAUGUCGGACUCGGGCAAUCUAUCCUACUGCUCUCAAGUGAGUAACCGCACGUCUUUCUUCACGAGUGCCUACAACGGGAUACCAGAGACUCUGAUAUUGAAUACAAUAUUCUGGGUUUUGCUCAUCCUGCUGUUCACAACGCUGCGGCAUCAGGCAAGCGACUUUGGCCGCCUGGCCCUUGUCAAUAGCAAUGGCAGCAAGAAACGCUGGACGGAGAUAUUCUAUUCGCGAGCGACCAGCAUAAUUGAGCCCCAGUCAGGCACCUCCACACAGGCGACACCGCGACCGAGCGUCAACUCCCAAAACAGCGGCGACUCCACGCCACUGUCGCCGGUGCAUCCCGAGCAGGGUCUCUUUGGCUGGAUUUGGAUCACGUUUAAGCUGCGGAAGGAAACCAUCUUGCUGCACACCGGCCCCGAUGCAGUCCACUACUUGUCCUUCCAGCAGCAUUUGAUGGCUGUCAUGGCUCUGGUGACGCUCAUCUCUCUGGCCGUCAUUUUGCCCGUCAACUUUCUGAACGGACCCAAGGAUACGCCGUACGAUGUGAAUGCCUUUGGCCGGACAACGAUGGCCAACCUGUCGCCAGAGUCUCCUUGGCUCUGGGUGCACACAAUCAUUACAAUUCUGUACAUUCCGCUGGUAGUACUCAUCAUGCGGCGUGCUUCGGGCCGCAAUGCGUUCAAAAAAGCUGCCACCCGGACAAUCAUGAUAUCGAACAUCUCGUCCAGCGAUCGCAACAAGACCGUUGUGCGCAACUACAUGCAGGAGCUGUUCCCAGACGUAACCAUCGAGAGUGUCAGCAUUGCCUACAACAUUUCUCGUCUGUAUGUGCGCAACGCCGAGUACGAGCGGAUACACGAUGCCCGUGUGUAUUGUGAGCACCACCGGAAUCGGGACACGUUAAUGGCGAAGCCGGACAUGUGCUCGUGCAAAAAGGAGAAUGCGUACGAGUACUAUCAGCGCGAGGAGCGGAAGUUAUCGGGCGAUGUGGCCCGUUUGCGUGCCUCCACUAUGAACGAGCCGCUGGACAUUGCCUUUCUCACUGUGUCGACGGUGCAGGAGGCGCAGAACAUAGUCACGCACUUCACGCCCGGCACCUAUCGCCAGUGGGAGAUGAUGUUCGCCCCCUCGCCCGACGACCUGUUCUGGGAGAACCUGAAUGUCAACAAGAGCCACUGGUACUUGAAAUUCUUUUGCGUGAACUUUGUGCUCUUCCUGUUCCUCUUCUUCCUCACAACGCCGGUGAUGGUGGUCAACCUGCUCAAUAGCCGGCCCUGGCUGAAGGAUACGGAGGGCAAGAUCUCACCGUUGGUAUCCGAGUUCCUGCCCACUCUGAUGCUGUGGACGCUCUCCGCCCUGAUGCCGGUGAUUGUGGCCAUUUCGGACAAGUGGAUGGGCCACUAUACGCGCUCGAAGCAGAACUACUCGAUCAUGACCAAGUGCUUCAGCUACCUGCUGCUGAUGAUUCUGAUAUUGCCAUCGCUGGGACUGACCUCGGCCCAGGCCCUGCUGGAGUGGGGCUUCACCAACGAGACCGGACGCUGGCAGUGCAUCUUCUUGCCGGAUCGUGGCUCCUUCUACGUCAACUACAUCAUCACUGCUGCGUUUAUUGGUACUGCAUUGGAGCUGUUGCGAUUCCCCGAAUUGAUUGUCUACAUCUGGUCCCUGCUGAAGGCAAACUCCAAGGCGGAGACGCCCUUCAUCCGCAAAGCCAUACUGAUCGAAUUCCCCUUUGGCACCCACUACGCAUGGACCACGCUCGUCUUCACCAUUGCGAUCGUGUACAGCGUGUUCUGUCCGCUCAUCAUGCCCUUUGCCAUGAUCUACAUCUGCCUCAAGCAUUUCGUGGAUCGUCACAACCUGUAUUUCGCGUACGGACCAUCCAAUAUGAUAUCGCGAAAGGGCGGCAAGAUCCACUCAACGGCGGUGACCAUGACAAAGUUCUCGGUGGUAAUCCUGGUGUUUGUGAUGGCUAUGAUAUGCUACUUCCGCGGCGACGAUGGCAUGGCCCGCUUCCUGCUGCUGAUCAUAAGUUUGGCCAUAACCCUGACUCUGUUCACGUUCAUGUCACCCAUCAAACGAUGCGCGGCCACCCGUCGUCCCAGCAUUGUGGAGAUAGCUGGCCCGGCCCCCGUCUAUGUGCCCGACGUACUCAAGGAUCAUGGCAUACGGACCAGUAGUGUGCGUCCCUCAGUGGCCGGCUUCGGCGGAUACGGGUCGGACAACGUCUCCGACUACGACAGCUCGCAGUACAGCGUGAACAGCGUGGAGACGUAAGCGGUGCCCAAAGCGGAGAAAUUGCAUGUAUUUUUUGUAUAUGGUAGCAGUAUAAUCAUGUAUCUGUAGUCUAAGCCACUGAGAGCCUUUUCAAGUUGACAAAACACAAGAGGGAACACGAGGGAGGAAGAAGUACGUAUUGUGAUAUCUGAAUCAACCUCGUUGUCGUUUUUAGAUGACCCCACGCGACCGCUAUAUUUAUUUCUGAAUUGUAUAUAAUCUAUUCUACUCGUAUCAAUCUAACUGUAGCCUAUAAUAUUUUAUUUGUAUAUAUUUGAUUCAUUUGCUAAACGAACUAAAUUUGCCUAACAAAUUGCUCACAAAUGAUAUGCUUGCAAUAUUAUUAAUAAUCAUAAUAAUAAUAAGCUAGUGAAACACACAGUGCAUUAUUUUAUAGAUGUUUUCACGUAAUUUUUUAUUUAUGGUAAAUAAAAAACUAGUUUAUGCGUAUCCAUUU